AUUCAAAAAACAAGUGUAUCGGGGAAGCUGCAGCGGGAAUCUGCUGUAGAAUAAUUGCUAAAGACUGUCUAGUAUACUUCAGGUGCUACCCUAUAGUUUCAAUUGGCCCGCGACGGACCUGAUUUGAAUUUGACAGAGCAUUACAGGGUUUUGAAGAUCAUCCAGCUAAGGACUUAUGAAAAAAAACCUUCAGCAGGCUUUGAAGAGGAAGUACUCAUUGAAGUUGAGGAAGAUUCCAGAAGACACCUGCCUCAUCGUUCCCCAAAUUACUACAUCAGCCCAGAGCUAGAAUCAUACAUUAACAAACACUUCUUGUCCAUUUCUCUUUCUCAAACACAUAUGUAUCAACAACACACAGGCAACAAUCAAUUUCCCAUCACACUGAACACAUCACGUAGGCCGCUAAUGAGGAACACAUCAUUGGACCUCCAUUCCUCUUGACUCCAGCUUCUCUUGCAAGGUUUAUCUAUCGUUCACUAGAUUGGCCAUGGAGGUCUGUCCAGUUCUUCAGAUAAAGGUGGACAGUGCCUGUGACCCGAUCCAGGAAGAGAAGGACAAGGAAGAGGAGAACCAGGAGGUGUGUUCCACCUCAGAUGACCACCUGGGGACAUUGAAGGCCUUGACGGAGAAACUGAGGCUGGAGACCCGGAGGCCAUCCUACCUGGAGUGGAAAGCCCGGUUAGAGGCUCAGAGCGCCAGGCGCUCAGUUGUACCACAGGAGCAGCUUGGACUGGACCUGGAGGAGUCCACGAGGCAGGACAAGCACAAAGAGACGGACCUGAGCUCGGGUCAGACAGAGCACAGUCUCCCCUCUGGAACGCUGAAGGGGUUCGAAAACAUUGAUGAGGCAAUUAUCUGGCUGAGGAAAGAGCUGAUAGAGAUGCGUCUGCAGGACCAGCAGUUGGCCAGGCAACUCAUGCGUCUCCGCAGUGACAUCAACAAGCUGAAGAUUGAGCAGACAUGCCACUUGCACCGCCGCAUGCUCAACGAUGCCACGUUUGGCCUGGAGGAGCGUGAUGAGCUGUCUGAUCUUCUGUGCGACUGUCCUGUCACGCCGGGUUUUGGUCUUUCUGCACCGCUGCGCCUCAUCGGUGUCACCAAGAUGAACAUCAACUCCCGCCGGUUCUCACUCUGCUAACUAUCAUUAAGUUUUCUAGCGUUAGCUCUGCCGUGGUUAGCUUUGCUAGCAUUAGCCUUUCUUGACCUGAAAGUGAACUUGGGUGCUAGAACCUAUGGACAUUUAUACUUAAGCUCAGCUUUGGUUCAUUAUUUGCCUGCCUAUGCUGGGGUGUCUAGUAUGUGGUGUGGUGAUGGCCCUUACAAACCCAUCCUCUGUAGCCAAUCCUGAUUUUGCUAGUAUCUUAAUGAUUGUAGAUUAUAUUUCUGAAAAAACUAACGUGUUCUGUGUUUGUACAAUUCUGCCUUAAUAUUGUCUCAUACAAUACAAAAUCAUUUGGUGAAGAUGAGAUAGUAUUGUUUGCUAAAAGUAUGCUUAAUAUUGAUUUAGAAUUAAAUUGAAAUUAAAAGUAUUAUGGUCAAAUUUAUAUGAUAUUAAAUCUUUAU